AUGCAGGCCGUCGCGCCUCUCUUCUUCGGGGACCUAAGCGACCAAGUGGGCCGUCGCCCCGUGUACGCGCUCACCUUCCUCAUCUAUCUCGGCGCCAACAUCGGUCUCGCGCUCCAAGAUAACUACGCUGCCCUCAUGGUCCUCCGCGCCCUCCAAAGCACCGGCUCCAGUGCCACUGUCGCCAUCGGAAACGCGGUUAUUGCUGACAUCGCCACCAGCGCCGAACGCGGCGGCUACAUCACGGCCGUGGUCGCCAGCGCCCAGUUUUCUCGGCGAUAG